AUGCCAUCACAUCUGCCGACACCUCUCAAUCAAACGAAGUUGAAGACUUCAUUGAAGAUGGCAGUUAGUAAACUCAAGUUUAUUCAAGACAAAAAAACUGCAUUGACUAAACAACAAAGACGCCAAUUAGCAGAUCUAUUAAAUCAGGGGAAAGAAUCGAGUGCUAAGAUUAGAGUGGAAAACAUCAUACGCGAUGACAUAUACAUCGAAUUACUUGAAUUCUUGGAAUUGUACUGUGAGCUAUUACUUGCGAGGAUAUCUAUUAUACUAGAUCAGUCCAGAACUACUUGUGACCCAGGAUUAAAAGAAGCCGUGCAUUCAAUAAUAUAUUCUGCUCCCAGCACGGAGUUGAAGGAAUUGACCACGAUACGGGAUAUGUUGGUGUUGAAGUAUGGGGUUGAAUUUGGAAAAAAUGCUAUGAACAACGAGGAUGGGGCAGUUCCCCAAAAAAUCGUAACUAGAUGCCAAAUAGAGGCACCAUCCGAAACAUUGGUAAAUUUGUAUUUAUGUGAAAUUGCAAGGGCUUACCAGGCUCCAUACUCUGGAAUGAAGGACUUGGAGCCUUUAGACGUAGAAAAUGCAUUGGACGGAGAUGAUGACCUAGACGACGAUAAAGAUGAUGACGAGCCAAGUGGUGGCGAAGCUUUGCGAAAUGAACUAGAAGCAGAGGAACCUAUACCUGAGAAAAUACCAGAACCUAAGCCAAAGAAGAAGGCUGCAACUGCAGCUCCUCGUACGGAACAGAAUGAUUUUGAUUCGUUGAAAGCACGCUUUGCUGCUUUGAAAGGAGGUCCCAAAUAA